CGCAGAAACAAAUCAGCCUCCUUCUUCCUCAUCUUCGACGUUAAACCCUAAAACCCCAGAGCCCAAUCCAAUACGUCCGCCGCCUCACGUCUCCAGUCUCCUCUCUCUCCUCGGGUUGUGUUUUUUGUUGAUUAGGUACUACUGCAAUGGGAAAAAAGAAGACAGAUGAAGCUGGUGCCCCCUCCAAGGGUAAGUCAACUGGAAAAGAGGCGUCUAAAGAGGGAAAGAAAGUGAAAGCACCAACAGUGUCUUCCAUGUUGGCCAACAUGGACCAGAAACCUGAUAAGCCCAAGAAGGCCUCUUCCUCCACUGCAAAGGCAAAAGUCGCACCAAAAUCAUCCUACACUGAUGGUAUUGACCUCCCACCCUCGGAUGAUGAGGUGGAAGAGGAACAACAGUCUAAUAACCAAAGGAGGUCAGAGGCUAAGACACUUGAUAUAUCCGUAACAGAGAAAGAGCUCAAAAAGCGUGAAAAGAAGGACCUUCUUGCUGCCCAUGCUGCUCAGCUGUCAAAGAAGGAUGCCCUGAGAGAUGAUCAUGACGCUUUCACUGUUGUUAUUGGAAGCAGGGCUUCAGUACUUGAAGGUGAAGACGCAGAUGCCAAUGUCAAGGACAUAUCAAUAGAAAAUUUUUCUGUGGCUGCUCGAGGAAAGGAAUUACUAAAGAAUACAUCGGUGAAGAUUUCUCAUGGGAAGAGAUAUGGUCUGGUUGGUCCAAAUGGGAUGGGGAAGUCUACCCUCCUGAAGCUUCUUGCUUGGAGGAAGAUUCCAGUACCAAAGAACAUCGAUGUUCUUUUAGUUGAACAGGAGGUAGUUGGUGACGAUAGAAGUGCUCUUGAAGCGGUUGUUUCAGCUAAUGAAGAACUUGUUAAGCUCCGGGAAGAGGUUGCAGCAUUGCAGAAUUCAGAUUCUGUUCCUGGUGAUGAGGAAGGGGACAGUCAUGAUGAUGAUGCAGGAGAGAAGCUCGCUGAGUUGUAUGAGCAAUUGCAGCUGAUGGGAUCCGAUGCUGCUGAAGCCCAGGCUUCAAAGAUUCUUGCCGGUUUGGGCUUUACAAAGGAAAUGCAAGUCCGUGCCACGAAAUCAUUCAGUGGUGGGUGGAGAAUGAGAAUCUCAUUAGCUAGGGCACUUUUUGUGCAACCAACUCUUUUGUUGCUUGAUGAACCAACAAAUCAUCUUGACUUGAGGGCUGUUCUUUGGUUGGAGGAGUACUUGUGCCGCUGGAAAAAAACUUUGGUGGUUGUCUCACACGAUCGAGAUUUCCUUAACACAGUGUGCACAGAGAUUAUUCAUCUGCAUGAUCUGAAGCUCCACUUCUAUCGUGGAAAUUUUGAGGAUUUUGAAACUGGGUAUGAACAGCGCCGCAAAGAGGUAAACAAAAAGUUUGAAACUUAUGAUAAGCAGCUGAAAGCUGCCAAAAGGAGCGGAAGUCGGGUUCAACAAGACAAGGUCAAGGACCGAGCAAAGUUCUUGGUUAAUAAGGAAUCAAAGAGCAAGGGCAAGGGAAAGGUUGACGAGGAUGACACCCAAGUGGAGGCUCCUAAAAAGUGGAGGGAUUACAGUGUGGAGUUUCACUUUCCGGAACCUACUGAGCUUACACCUCCACUCUUGCAACUUAUUGAUGUCAGCUUCAGUUAUCCGAACCGGGAAGAUUUCAGGCUGUCCGAUGUUGAUGUUGGUAUUGAUAUGGGUACUCGUGUUGCCAUUGUUGGACCAAACGGAGCUGGGAAGUCCACUCUGCUCAACCUUCUUGCAGGUGAUUUGGUUCCUACUGAGGGUGAAGUAAGGAGGAGUCAGAAGUUGAGGAUUGGUAGGUACUCACAGCACUUUGUGGACCUGCUGACAAUGGACGAAACCCCAGUCUCAUACCUUCUUCGUCUUCAUCCUGACCAAGAGGGAUUUAGCAAGCAAGAGGCUGUGCGUGCAAAACUUGGAAAGUUUGGACUCCCUAGCCACAACCAUCUGACUCCUAUUGCGAAGUUAUCCGGAGGACAGAAAGCUCGAGUUGUCUUCACGUCAAUAUCCAUGUCAAAACCGCACAUUCUGCUUUUGGAUGAACCUACUAAUCAUUUAGAUAUGCAGAGCAUUGAUGCACUAGCUGAGGCACUUAAUGAAUUCACUGGUGGGGUUGUACUGGUCAGUCACGACUCUAGGCUUAUUUCACGUGUGUGUGAGGAUGAAGAGAAGAGUGAAAUUUGGAUUGUUGAAGAUGGUACUGUGGAGAAAUUUGAUGGAAGUUUUGAUGAGUACAAGGAUGAGCUACAAAAAGAAAUUAAAGCUGAGGUCGAUGAGUAAGGUUUGCAUUAUUCUUUUAAGAAUGUACAAUUUUGCUGAUGUCAUACACAAAACAUGUUAUGCUUUCAGUUUACUAUUUUUGAAAAGUGCCUUCAGUUUACUAUUAUUAUUCAAUUGUAUAAGUUUUGGUUGCUAUGAUUGUAAACAUCAGAUACUUGAAUACACCUUCGUUUAGUUUGUUUGUUUUUCUUUUUUGGUAUUUGAUUUUUCGGACCUU